AUGUCGGAAAGACCACACCAUGCUCGUCGGCAACGCACAAGGUUCAGUGAGGGACAGCUGAGGGUGCUGAGGGACGUCUUCAAUGAGACCAAGCGACCAGACUGGGACACAGUGCAGGCGCUGGCUGCCAGGCUGCAGCUUGAUGUGGCCGUCAUAAAGACCUGGUUUAAGAACAAUCUUGUGAGGUGGAAAAAACAGCAGCAAGAGAAAGAGCCAAACCCAAAACCAGGAGGGAAUGCGCCUGACACCUUUUCAGUCAGUUCCAGAGGCUUAGACGACGCUAAGCAGGAGCCACAGGGGAGUUCUGGAGACAAGGGACCAGGAGUGACUGGUGACCCAGCAUUGAGCUCACAGUGUGCUUUGGAGCCCUGUGACAUCCAUGAGAUCCACCUGGAAGAUGUGGUGCCUCCUUGGGCUUCCAUGCCCUACAACAUGGACCAACUGGUGGAGCUGUACGCUUUGCCUGGGGAUGAUGAUCCCGACAGCCUAGACAGGUACCUGUUGCCAGGAUGCCUGCACUGA